CCUGUCACACAUAUUGGUGCCUUUUUCAUUGCUGGCGUUGUAUUCAUUGCACAACAGAUGAAGCGAAUGGCAUCCAAAAUUCCAAGAGGUGUGCAUUUACCUGCAGAAAUGAAGAAAGCUGGUGAUAAGUUUGAAUCCAAAGACAGGGCACCUGUAUCUGCAACAGAAAACGCUGCCCAAAAGUCAGAUGGUAUCCUCAAACAUCAAAAAGAAAACGUGCCAAAGAAAACUGUUGCUCCCAAAGCACUCAAAGGGGUGCCCACCAGGUAUGGGCAACAGGCAGAGCUUAAGGGGCAAAAUCAGCAUCUGAUGGCUACCAAUGGGGAGCUGCAGAAAAACCUCUCGGAGACACAGCAAAGAGUGUCUGAGUUGCAGCUGCAGUUCAGUGAACUUGAAAAGGAGAAUGUAGAGGUUCGGAAAAACCUGAAGGACUGUCACAUGCUCCUAGUCGCAGCCAAUAUAGACCCAGUUUUGGGAGAAAGGGUUGGAUCAGCUGCGCAACAAAAUGAAGAUGAAAGAAAAGAGGUUAUGAGUGUGUCCACAGACCUGCUGGCUGAAUUAAAAGCGUUUGGAGACACUGCAUCACAGCAACGUGCCCGGUUAGAGGAAAUCGCCACAAUGAUGUCAGAACUCGCGGAAGCGCGGGAGUGUAUGCAGGAACGGGAGAACUUCUCCCUGGAGGUGGCUGAAAUUGAAAAAGCUCUCAAGGAAGCAGAAGCCCUCUUGCUGUAAAAGUUAUAAUUUCCCAACUAAAAAUGAGUUUAAAAUAAAAAAUGUGCAUAAUGUAUGUUUUAAUGUUAGUGUCACUUAAACUGAAUAAAAUAUUCUUUAUCCUCGUGCUUCUGAUCUCAUUUUCAUAUUCCAAACAGUCAAAACAUGCUUUAGGAAACAUUAUUUUUACUGUAAUAUCCACAACUAAAGAUAUUUUAUUGGUUGAAGAUCAAAG